CGCGUACUAAAGAAAUCAGUCGAAGUUGGCCUCUCGAACGAACGGGAACUAUAGUGGUACUAGCGGUACUUCUGCUUGCUUUUUUAAAGUUUAGAUUACCACGCGGUACUUCUACGGAAUUUGUGGUGUUUUGUUCGAGAAAUAAUUUUUUUUGGAAAACAGUUCGCUGGUUUCGAGAUCAUUUUUAAAAAUUAUUGAGGAUAUCCAGAUACUUUUUUUUAAUCACAGGACUUCGAGUUAAUUGAAGAAUUCAAACGUCCUCAUGAAUGUCACCUGAAGAAAUAUUGCAAAUUCUUCUUGAAGCUCAAUAAUGUGAAGAAUUAGUUAGGCUAAUGGAGGAGGAGGACGAGAGAGGCCCCGAAGAGGGUCACCUCUUAGUCAGGAUUCACGUCCCUGAACUCAACGUCCAAAAAUGCCUCCAAUUUCCUAGGGACCAACUCGUCUGGGACGUUAAGCAGCAAUGCCUAGCGGCGUUACCCAAGGUGUCCACUUGGUAUAGGGAGUUAAAAGAAAGCUUCAACUAUGGUUUAUUUUCUCCUCCGGAUAACGGGAGAGCUGGUAAAUUUCUGGAUGAAGAGAGACGUCUUGGGGACUACCCUUUUAACGGUCCUGUUGGUUAUUUAGAGUUGAAGUAUAAAAGAAGGGUGUAUAAAAUGAUGUCACUCGACGAAAAACAAUUGAAAAGUCUACAUACAAGGGCCAAUCUUCGGCGAUUCAUAGACUACGUACAAAACGGACAAGUGGAAAAAAUUACUAAAAUUUGUUCCAAAGGCCUAGAUCCUAACUUUCACUGCCAAGAAACAGGUGAAACGCCAUUAACUAUGGCAACGGGCAUAAAAAAACCGGCGAAAGUAUUAAUGGCAUUAGUGAACGGUGGUGCUUUAUUGGACUACCGAAAAAAAGACGGUUCGACAGCCUUACAUCGAGCCGUAGAACAUCGAAGUUUAGAAGCCUUAAAAACCUUGUUAGAAUUAGGGGCGUCUCCUAAUUAUAAGGAUAAUAAAGGACUAACGCCGCUUUAUUAUACAAUAAGUCUCAACGUAGACCCGACUUUCACCGAAACUCUAUUACACGAUCACGCUACAACGGGCGCUCAGGACGCUCAAGGCUGGCACGAAGUGCACCAAGCUUGUAGAACGGGUCUUCUAUCCCAUUUAGAACACCUUCUGUUCUACGGAGCGGACAUGAAUGCCAAAAACGCUUCUGGUAAUACUCCUUUACACGUUUGCGCAGUAAAUUGUCAAGAAUCCUGCGCUAGAUUGUUACUAUUCCGCGGCGCUGAUAGACAAGCUUUGAAUUUCGCCAAUCAAACUCCUUGUCAAGUCGCCGUCAUCGCCGGUAAUAUGGACCUAGCGGAUAUCAUCCAAAAUUAUAAACAAGAAGAUGUCGUCCCUUUUCGCGGCCCACCUAGUUAUAAUCCGAAGCGUAGAUCCGCGAUUGGUUGGCUGAACAGGGCACCGUCCAUGAGUACCCUUGCCCUACCUCCAAGUCCUUGUCCUAGUGACAGAUCCUCAGCACCUUUCAGUUCGGCCAGUUCCAGUCUUUCGGAAGGAAGCGCACUACCGGGACACGAAACAGACACCGCUAGCAUCGUGACAGUGUUCGCACUGGGUGUUGCAGAUAAAAGUCUCGGAGAUACCAGCGACAUCAUCAGCGAUAGCUCCGGAGUGGGCACCGCCAAUUCCGAUACCACCAAUUGCACCAUAUGGAUGCCUGGUAGUACUGUGGUUUGUAUCGAAUCGUAUUCGUCGAAGGAAGAAGGACACAUUGAUAUAAGGGAAGGAGAUAUUAUAGAGGUUCUUGCUGCAACCGAUGAUGGUUAUUUGGAAGGAAAGACGAAAAGCGGCGGAGGACGAACGGGUUAUUUUCCCGCGGCUUGCGUCCAAGAAGUCCGAUUGCGCCAUCAUAAUAUACAGGCUACCAUGAUAGUGGCUAAAGAUCCCAGACCGCCGAGUCAGACUUCUAGUAGAGUAUUGGGAAGAAGAGAGAGUACUUCGAAACAUUUUGCUACUGCUCCAAGGGCUACCAAAAAAACUUACUCACAUCUUCCUGCCGAACCGCGUACAGUGGUCCUGCACAAAGGUAGAAAAGGAUUCGGUUUUAUUUUAAGAGGAGCUAAGGCUACAUCGACUCUAAUGGAUCUGACUCCUUCUGAAACUUGUCCUGCUCUACAAUACCUCGAUGACGUCGAUCCCGGGGGUGUUGCAGAUAUAGCGGGGUUGAAGAAAGGGGAUUUCCUAUUGGAAAUAAAUAACGAAGACGUUUCUUCUGCUUCACACGAACACGUAGUCGAUUUGAUAAGAAAAUCUGGUGACCUGGUGCAAAUGACGGUGAUGUCGAUGGGACCUCCAACUUGCGGUGGUUUACCUUUGAGCAAAUCUUCGAUUUUACCAGGAGGAGCUGGCGCGAUACCUUUGGGUAGACAAUUCGCUACUUUACCAAGGAAAGCGAUCAACUAUUCCGGUACGUUGGGUAGGUCGACGCAAGCGCCUUUACCGCCUCGAAGAGAUCCCAAAACGACUCUAAGCGUUGGAAGAGCCAGAGCCAAAAGUAUGGUUGCAGGUUUAGGAGGAGAAAAAGACGAGACUGAUGAUAUAACUAAAUCAAGUUCCGUCGAGUCGAUUCACCAAUCGACUCCCGGAGGAACUUGUACUUCAACGCCGGUUCAACCAAGAACGGCGUCUAUAAGACAGCGACCUUCUUCGGCUAGUCUUAAAAAUUCCGUGUUAGAAGAAUUGUUUCAAAAACAAAGAGACGGCGACGCCGUGAGUCAGUGCUCAUUGAUGACCAGCUCGAGAUUUCUUAGCUCGAACGCUUCCGGAUCGCCAAGCAAAGGAAGGGUGUACGCCAGCGUCGCAGAGAUGAAGAGAAGUAAAAGUAAAAACCCAAAAACGAAAUUCGUCGAAUUAUUCGCCGGCGGAAAAGAAUUGAAACGAAAUUUUCACAGUACCCCCGAUUUGGUUCAAGAAAUGGCGUAUAAUUCACAAACAUUACCGAAUAAAUUCCAUCGUAGUCAAGAAGAUAUUUCCUCUUUAUUGGGCAAUCGAAGUUUACCGCCUCCUAGUCAUCCUCCGCCGCCGAUACCAUCACAAGUGCAAUUAGUCAAGGUGGAUAUUUCGAGGAGCAAACACGCCGAAUAUGAUCAUUUAAAUAGGGAUAUCCCCGACGAAGGUAUUGUGUCUUCGUUUAAUCCUACGGCGAACGCUAAAUUGUAUGCUUCUCCGGAAGAUAUGAAAACUGUUGGUUACAGAUCUAAAAGUUUGCCUUCCCAUGUUGCCAAGACGCAAUUGAGGAAAUCUCAAAGUAUGCGAGCGAAUAAUACAUUCAAACCCACAAAUAACACAUCUAAUGAAACUCAAGUUAAUAAUAACCCUUAUGCACAGCCCAUUAGGGCCUCGAGAUCACAUUCAACCGGAUCUAGAGAACGUAGAAAAAAGACAGUAUCCAAUAAAUCGAAUACUAAAUCGUCAGUAUUACCCGGAGCACCUCCCAUACCGGAACCUGACUAUAGUUGUAGCGAUUCCGAUGGAGAAAGCGAUAGUAUACCAAGGAAAUGUGACAGUUUGGCUAGUCGAAUCAAUAAUGUACAAUUACAAGCUACUGAAAAUAGCGGAAACAGUAACGCAAGUGGUAGUUCUUCCGGUAGCAGCUCCGUUCCUCAUAGUUUCAGCGUCGAAGAAAUCCAACGAGGACGAUCCUUAUUGAAAUCUUCUAAAUCUUAUCCGGACGAACUAUUGAAGAAACAAAAAGACGCCGAUGUCGCGGACGCAGAUGGCGAUAACAGUUCUUCCGGUGUUAGUUCCGAUCAAGAAAUUACGCCAUGCGGUAAUCCCGACAUCACCGAUUCGAACAGCAUCAUUCCUCCCGCCAAAAAUCAACGACCACAAAUAGGUAUGUCUAAGCGACACGCGGUUUCUUUGGCUCAACUGCCGCCACCUAUAGAAAACGAAACUGACGAAAAAGAAGAAUUCUGUUUACCGCCGCCGCCGGAAUUCGGUGAAAACAAUCCGAAUUUUAGUGAGGUGGUAGUGGCGCCACCGCCGCAAUUCAGUGAUAACCGACAAGUAACUAGAGUUAGAAUAGUAGGCGCCGUACCAAAGGGCACAUUGGCCGUUAACGCGCAACCGAAAUUGAAACAGAACCGACUGCAUAGUCAGUGAACGAUGAAGGCUGACAUUUAAAACACAUCAAUGUCGAGGGUUUUUUUUUAUAUUAAUACACUUUUUUACUAGCAUUUAAUACUCAAUUUUUGAUAUUCGAUAACGAACAAAUUUCCAGCAAGCUUUAUAGAAAAAUAUUCCUUAUUCAUAUAUCGGUUAAUUGACUUAUAAUCGGUAAAUCUUUACUUAAUCCUGGAUCCUUGAGUUGAGUGAUUAUGUGGAUUCCCCCUUCCACGACACUUAAAUUCUUUCCUAUCCUGUGUGUUUUAUUUCAUUUCCCCUUUUUAUUCCUCGAUUUGACUCCGCCAUCGUAUUUUCUCCUGUUCAGUGUCUUUUGUUGUAUUUCCCUCCAUUUCAAUCCUCAAUUUACUCCUGCCAUCUUAUUUUCUCUAUACUGUGUCUUUUGUUUUAUUUCCCGCCUUUUUAUUCCUCGAUUUGACCAAGCCAUCUUAUUUGCUUCUGUCCAGCUUUCCAUCAACGUUUCAAUCCAUCUCUUCCAACAAAAGUUCAUUGAGAUUGAGAUCCGGAUUCUAAAGAACUUUGUUUAUUGACACCCUUUUUUGGCUAUUUUCCAGAACAUUAUCUGGUUCAAUAGGAGGUUGCUGGUUCAUAGCCGGUUCGAAGAACCAGUAAAAAUGAUUCCAAAAAUUCCUAUUUGCAAUAAUUGAAGGUAAUUUAGUUAAAAAAAAGUGAUGAGAUCUAUAAAAUACAAAACAUGCUGCGGGAUAUGAAAUUUACUAAUAAUUUAAAGAAGAUAAGUUGACAAUAUAUUAUUGGAGAAUUUUCUAUAAAGUUUGCAAUACUUAGUUACUACCUAGAUAAUCAUUUAUCUUAUAUAAUGUAGUAUCUAAUACCUGAGUUUGUACCGGUAGACACUACUCAGUAUUAACUGCAUAGCCAGCUUCAAAAUAUCCCUUUUAUAAUCACAGAUAUUGAAAUAUUUUUAUUUCCAAAUUAUUCUACCAUGUCAGUGUUAAUUCCCACUAUUAUUCGUUAUAUUUCGAUUAGAAACGCAAAAUUAAAAAAUUCAAUACAUUUCGAAAAAUCUACAUCAAAGAUUUCACAUCAAAUUUGUUUUUUUUUUUAUCUCCUAUUUCAUAUUUGACUGCCAACUAUAAAAUAACUUGUAAUUAGCCUCCCUGAAGAGAUUUUGCAUGUAAUUACACUCCCUGAAGAGAUUUUACAUUCUCUAUACCUUUUGGUGAAAACUUUGUAUUCAAAUUAGAAUUUUUAAUGAUACAAUACGAUUAAAUAAAAUUGUGAAAAUUGCCUGGGCAGUCGACGUGUUAAAAUUUCAACCCAAUGGAAAUAUUUGCACAUCUAUGAAUCAAAUGUCUGUUUUAUUAAUAAAAUCGCUCAUAAUUCGAUAUUUUAUCCUAUUCAACUGGCUAAUAAAGUUGUAAAAUACUUUUUAAAUUUUGAUUUCGUCUAAUUAAGUCUUUGAUAACUUUUAUAUUCAAACAAACAUUCCGUCAUUUACCUAUAUUAUAUUAUUCAUCCUGCCAAAAUAUAUAUUAUUAGAAAUGAUAUUUUUUGAAUAAUCGAGGUAUUCGUAUAUAAUAUUGUUGUUGGUUACUGUAAUUAUUGUGAUUGUAUUUGAUUUAAAAAAAAAUAUUGAAACAGUUGGUACCGUCAUUAUAAUCGGUAGAGUAAAAUUCAAAAAAACUUAAUUUAUAGUAUUACAAUUUGAUUUUAUUUCAUUCUUAUGAGUAGUUAGAGGUACCUAACUUCAAAAUAAUUUAUCGAUUUACCUUAUUUUGAUCUCCCUUUUUUAUUUUCGAACUUAAUUUGUUUACUACAUAAAUAUUCUUUACUACUCCAUAUUUAUGUGUACAAGUUGUCAACUGUCACUUUCUGUCAUUUUCUUCUUUUAUUCUCCGACUUUUUCUUAACUCAACCACAGUUACCGCUUUUUUUCUCACUCAGAGUUCAUUUUUUUCAAUAUCAUUAGAAUGUUUAAAAAAAUUAACAUUUUUAUGACUCGUUUUUUUUAUUUCGUGAUGUAAUAUUCAAUUUUUUAAUACGGAAACAUGUUAUAUUUAAUGAUAUUCUUGUACAAGUUGUCACCUGUCAUUCUCUUCUUUUAUUGUCGGACCUUUGCUUAACUCAAUCACACUGAAUGCUUUUAUCUUAUUUAUUAAAUCACUCAGAGUUUAUUCUUUUUCAGUAUCAAUGAAAUGUUUAAAGAAAUUAGCAUUUGUAUGAUUCGGUUUUCUAUUUCGUGAUUUAAUAUUUAAUUCUAUGAUACAUAAACGUGCUUUAUUCAAUAUUUUUGUAUAAGUUGUCAACUGUCACUUUCUUCUUUCUUAUUGUCGACCCUUGGAUCAACUACAAUUAUCUCUUUUCUCCUAUCUCCAAUCUCAUAAUUUAUUAUUUUUUAGUAUCAGUUUUUUCAGUACAUUAUUUGUUUGUUUCUUAUCUAAAAUUUCUUAUCACAGUAAUAUUUAAAAAAAAAAAUUGAAAAAUCAUUAGUUUUAUCAAAAAACUUUAUUUAACGUAUUAAAUAGACUUAAAGUCUUCUUCUUUUUAACCUUCUUUAUUGAGUCAAAAUUGGCUAAUGCCUGUUUAAAAAUGGUCGUCGUGGGGUAUACAAAAGCUGUUGUCGUUUCUGUGUGGAUUGUGAAGUUAUUUGUUGGAUUUUAGACAUUAUUAUACCCUGAUUUAUUUCGAAAUCCGUUCUUAAAGAGAUGCUACUUAAAGGAAUGUUUCCUACCGGAAACGUGGUUAGGUCUGAAAAGCUAGGAAAAUGGUGGAAAAUAAGCAGAAUUCAGAUUAAAGUUCUUUCAUCUGAUGAAAAAGAGUUGGUCCUUGUACUUUUCAGCUGUCACUUGAUAAAUUUUGGGAAUCGCUUGGAAGCUUAUUCGCAGACUGAUUGACAAAACUGCAAAAAUAGUCAGCUCUGCUGAAUUAAUUUCGACGAAACAGAUCUAAUACUAUGAAACAAAAAACAAUGCAAAACAAUCCUCAGGGCCAGAAAAAAAAAACAAAAAAGCUAACCCAGGUACAGGUUGUUUACCCCACGGUGGCCAUUUUGACGUAGAUCAGCUUACUAGGACAAACCCCGAGAAGGUGUGGCAACCAUCCACGAGGCUUUUAGCCACCGGUAUGAUAUAGAAAAUAUUCCUUGGGCUAUUCUAUACCUUCUGUGAAAAUUUCAAGUAAAUCCAGGCAGGACGGAAAAAUUGCGAGGCAAAAAUCGAUUAAAUAAGUGCCACAAACGAUUAAAAACUUACGCCAACAUUAUUUGUUUACCCCACGGCUGUCAUUUUCGAAAUAAGCAUCAGCUGAUUUUGACAAUUGCUUAAUAAAUUGAACAUACUCAUAUAUCGUGAAGUUAGCAAUGUAUUAUUAUGGUUUUUAUGAAUUUUAUGAUACCGAUUACAUUAUUUAUCACAACUGAGUGCCACUCGAAAUGGAUUCCCUUCAUUUUGUUUAUAAUGGUAUAUUUUAUGUACUAUUGUGUUAUUUGUUUUUGUAAGAUAUGCUCAAAUAUUGCCUAUUCAUCGAUUUAAAAAAAAAUAAUAGGUUACAAUUGUAAAUAUAUGGGGUUACAGUUACUGUAUGACUAUUUUUUGUGCAGUAACUAUCGUUUCGUUUCUGUUGGAACUACUGUCGAAUUAGACUCUGGAUUUUUGCUUUUCCAAGAUCUCAAUUGUAACUGUUUGAGCCUUGAAUUUUCUAAAUGUUCCAGAACCAUCAAACUAAGAAAUUAUUAUUAACAAUAGCUGCUUUCCAUUUCCUCAAUUAUGUGAGUAUCUUAUUCUCAGAUUAAGACGUCACUACUCAGUAAAUGAAAGGAAUGAAUACCACAAAAAAUUCACUAUCAUCAUCGGUGAUCCAACCGCGGUACACAGAAUGACCGUGACGUUCAUAAAUGUCAAAAAUAGUUCAAUUUGUUAAGAAAACUGUAAUAACGCACACAAUUUUCGCGCUUGUACGCGCUCUCUACGCCUAAAUUAAUUUUUUACGCGCUGAUCGUCAAAAACAUAACCUCACUUUUCUAGUGUAGUUUCUAGUUGUACAUACCCUGAAAAAUUACUUCUACGAGUGAAAACUGAUGGAAUUUGUACGUGCUCAUGAGUGUUCAUAUAACAAACAGUCGGCUAGAUACAAGAAAACUAAAAUUUGGAACAUAGGAAAUCAUUUUCCCAUUCGAAAAUUCCAUGAUAAGGACGAGUGAUUAACUACCCGAUCUAAUCGUAAUUAUUUUUGGUCGAGUCACUCAAUGAGUUUGAAAGUUGAUCAUAUAAACUCUGAUUUAUUUAUCUAUGUUUAAAAAAUCGUAUGGAUCUAUUUCGUUAAUUUUAAAAUAUGUUGUAGUAAAGUAACUGUUGAUAUUUCUAUUCAAAAUGGGUCUCACCAACAAACGCCGUGUCAAAUGUCGCAAAUUUCCUUAUAUACAUGCACAAUUGAGGUUAUGUCGUCAUUCUGUACACCGCUUUACUGUCCAAAAUCGUUUUAAUGCAAGCAACCUUCCAAUUAGACAGCCCAGUGUUUAAUGGUUAGAUCCGAUUUACACUGUGAAUAAUUAAUGACAAUUGACAUAUGUUAAUUGUUGAUCACCGUUCAAAUUUCUUUAUAUAUACGCACUUUUAAGGUUAUGUUUACGAGUGAAUCUGAGUUUACAAAACGCACUAAAACACACGGUCUCAAGCUUAUACAGAUCGCUGGUAAAAACUCAGUUACAUUUCAGUUGUGAGACGUGCAUUCAACCGAGUUGUGACGUCUCAAAUGAGUUUUGAUUUCAAUGAAAAAAAUAUUUCAAUCGGAAUUAUCAAAAUUUCGAUGUCAAAUGUCAAUUGUCACUAAUUAUUCAUAAUCUAACCUUAAAACACAGAGCAUGCAUUAAAACGGUUGCGGAUGGUAAAGCGGUGUGCAGAAUGACGCUAAUAAACAUAACCUCCAAGUAUAUGAAGAAAUUUACGGAAUUUGACACGGCGUUGGUUGGUGAGACCCAUUUUGAAUAGAAAUAUCAACAGUUACUUUACUACAAAAGAUUUUAAAAUGAACAAAAAGGGUCCAGACGAAUUUUUUAAACAUAGAUAAAUGAAUCGGGGUUUAUAUGAUCAAUUUUUAAACUCUUUGAGUAGAGAUUCAACGAAACAUGAUUACGAUUAGAUCGUGAAGUUAAUCACUCGUUCUUAUCAUGGAAUUUUCGAAUGGGAAAAUGAUUUCCUAUGUUCCAAAUUUUAGUUUUCUUGUAUCUAGCCGACUGUUUGUUAUAUUAACACUCAUGAGCACGUACAAAUUCCAUCAGCUUGUCACUCGUAGAAGUCAUUUAUCAGGGUAUCUGCAACUACAAACUACACUAGAAAAGUGAGGUUAUGUUAUGUAAAAAGUUAACUUCGACGUCCAGAACGCGUACAAUCGCGAACUUUGUGUGCGUUAUUACAGUUUUCUGAACAAAUUGAACUUCAAAUGUAGCUAUCGAAAUCAAAAGAUAAAAAUCUGAGUCUAAUAAUUACAAUCGACUAGAUCUAUCAGAAAUAUUGAGGUUAAUAGAAUUUUUUUCAUGUAUAUAUUAUUUCUGAACCUAUUUAUUUCACCAUUUAUUAGUAUAUAAACAGUGCACAUAUUGGAAUACACUAGUUGUUGAAACAGUUCACUUAACAGAAUCUCAAAUGGUUGUUUUUUUUUUAUUAAUAAAUGCUAUGUCUUAAGCUAAA